AUGGCCAAGGUCUCUUACCCGCACUACGCCUGGGCCGGUGGCCACUUUGUCGUCCUCCUCGGAACGAUCUACUCGCUCCUCGGCCUCGUCACCUUCUCGUCGCGGCCCAACGCCUACAAGCUCGCCUACUCUGGCGCACUGCUGUCGUGGGGCAUCGUCGUCUACAAGUCGCUCGGCACCCCGCAGCUCAACCGCGCCUACGUGCAGCGGGCCCUCCUCGACGAGAAUGUCCAGUACCUCCUCCUCGCCCUCUACUGGUUCCUCCAGAAACCCAUCAUCAUUACCCUCGUCCCGUUCGCAACCUUCUCCCUCUUCCACUGCUUGACGUUCCUGCGCACCUCGGUCCUGCCCAAGCCGCCUGCGGCGCCGGCAAAGGGUGCGGCGGCGGCGGCGGCGCAGCAGCCUCAGACGGCGGGCAUGAAGGCCUCGAAGACGAUUCAGAGCUGGGUCAAGGCCAACUACGAGAAGGCCAUGCUCUUUGUCGCCUUUGUCGAGGUCGUCAUCGUCUUUGGUCGCGUCCUCCUCGGCGCCAUCACUUUCCAGAACUCGUUCCUGGCCCCGCUCUUCUUCGCCCACUUCCUCCGCCUCCGCUACUACCUCUCGCCGCCCACGCGGACCGCGUUCGGCUGGGUCUCGGGCCAGAUCGACCACGCGACCGCGAGCCCCAAGUGCCCGCCCGCCGUCCGCAAGGGCGUCAACGUCGCCAAGGAGCUCAUUGUGCGCUACUCCGAGUCGAUCAUCUCGGUGCAGCAGCCUGGCGGCGCAGGUGCGGCAGCCGGCGCAGCGGGUGCGCGAGGCGGCAACGCGGCGGCCGAGGCGCGCCGUGCUCGCUGA